AAUACGUACCCCAUUGCACCUACCCACAUUCUACUAGCUCACGGCUCUCUACUGUUGUGGUGUGGAUGGGCAUCGGCGGCGUAUUUCUCUCCAUCACGGGAGGGUUCGCAUAGCCUCCAUGUUUCAUCGCCUCGAUGUCUUCUAUGGCAGUGAAACCGGGACGGCACAGGAGGUCGCCGAGUACGUUGCAGCCAUGGCGGGGCGACGGGGGUUCGACACGGCUGCGGCGUCACUUGAUUCCGUUCCCAUUUCGCAAGCGUUAGAGUGCUCUCUGGCCGUGUUCGUCGUGAGCACCACCGGAGACGGGGAUGUGCCGAACAACAUGUCGACGUUUUGGCGAUUUCUCCUGCGAAGGGGCUUGCCGAAGGACUGCUUGGCGAGCAUGCGUUUUGCCAUUUUUGGUCUGGGAGACAGCGGCUACACCAAGUACAACGCCACCGCGAGGAAGCUGCACGCGCGCUUGUUACAGCUGGGCGCCGUUGAGCUGGUGGAACGAGGUCUGGGCGACGACCAAAGCCCUAGGGGAAUGUGGGGAGACCUCGACCCGUGGCUGGCCUCCCUAUGGGCAGGUCUCCUACAAAUCAAACCUCUUCCUGAAGGAACGGUGGUAGAUGACACCCCUCGCCUCGAGCCGCCCGUGUUCAGCAUGAUUCCUGUUGAGGCUCCUGACAGCUCCCCCGCAGAGAUCGAGGCAGGGAGGCGCGGAUUCUGGGAUUCCAUGGCCCCACCGAGGCCAGCCAAGCUCAGCGACGGAGCACCCGCUCCGGCCCGGCUGCUUGUGAACCGUAGACUGGCCGCUGAAGGACAUUUCCAAGACGUCCGACAUCUGGAGUUCGAUGUUAGUGGUGUUCCAGGAGGGGCGAGUUACGAGGCCGGAGACGUUGCAUGGAUUCAUCCAUCCAACAACGCAUCGGCGGUGGAAACGUUAGCUGUGGCGAUGGGCCUAGAUUUGGACCAAGUUGUGCGCAUCGCUCCCGCCCUUCCUCCGCCGAAGCCGGGGACGGCGGCCGCGCCGGUGGCUGUUGCAGAAGUAACACAGCCGCCCGGGGCGGGUGUGUCCGCGACAGCUGCAGUCCGACCUCGGCGACAACAGCGGCGUGACCCGCAACAAGCAGGCUUCUUCUUGCCUCCAGUGUCCACGCUACGGCUCCUGCUAACGGAGGUACUUGACAUCUCGGGAACUCCACGGCGCUCCUUCUUCGAGCGCUUAUCUGUCUUCGCCACCGAAGACGAGGAGAAGGAAAAGCUGGAGGAGCUUGCGUCUCCGGCAGGGGCGGACUUGUUGUACGAGUACGCUACGAGAGAAAAACGCAGCUAUGUUGAGGUCUUCGGAGAUUUCCCGUCCUGCAAGGUUCCUCCGGAGAGGCUGCUAGAGCUAGUUCCAAGGCUACGCCCCCGAGGAUUUUCCAUCGCGUCGUCGGCGCUGGAAACGCCUUCCCAGGUGCACCUUUGCAUGGCGGUCGUGUCUUUCCGCACCCCGUACAAGCGGUUGCGAACGGGCGUUUGUUCAAGCUGGCUAGCCUCCCUCACGCCAGGAGCAGCGGAGGUGCCCCUUUCCAUUCGGCCCGGCACCUUCAAGCUCCCGCAGUCGCCCAGCCACCCGGUUAUCAUGGUUGGCCCCGGCACUGGCGUCGCGCCCAUGCGCAGCGUCGUCUUGGAACGGCGGCGGCAGAGGCAGCAGGGGUCGGGGGGGGCGGGGGUGGGUAGGAAUGGUAACGGAAGCCUGUCGCCGUCGCCUGAGCGGGUUGGAACAGGCGCGAUUGGGGCUUCACCGGAUACGCUGUUUUUCGGGUGCAGAUUUCGAGAUAAAGACUUUUUCUACGAACAGGACUGGGGGGUUCUUGCUGCCUCCGGCAAUCUUUCCCUUUUCACCGCGUUCUCCCGGUCUAACCCGGACGGUACUGGGAGCCGGGUGUAUGUGCAGCGUCGGAUACGCGAGCAGGCGUCCUUGAUAGCCGGUUUGGUGGUGGAUUGUGGUGCGAACAUCCUGGUCUCUGGCUCGGCGAAGCAAAUGCCUCGAGACGUCCGAGAGGCAUUUCGAGACGUCCUAGCAGAGCACGAGAAGGCGAGUGGGAGGCGAGGCCGGCGCAGACGCUCUACUCAAGGCGAUGGACAGACAGGGACGUUACUGCGUGGAGGUCUGGUCCUGAUUGGCACGCAUCCUUUCAACCACUGGGAGACGGCGAGGGCGAGGGACGAGUUGGGCGACGCAUGUUGAUACCCCUUCCAACCUGGACAAGAGUGUGCCGGGUUGUCGCAGACCAUGAACUGCCUCCCAUCGCCUGUUCAUGCCGCAAAUGCAAGCAUGUAUUCGGGGGCUGACACGCUCGCCAGGGCAGUGGAAAACAGGGAUGCUACUGAGCACAAGCCUGGACCUGAUUGGAAGCUCAUGCUCUAUCAGGGUUAAAACAACAGGGAGGCCGCCCAGCGGGCGGGUACAUAUAUUGAAGUCCCUUCGGAGGGGUGGUCUUGUGUGUUGAUGAUAUCACCAAGGUAGCGCUCCCGACGCCACCGCAAGCACACGCAUAGCGUAUUACGUGGUGUGACAUAGCCCCCUGGCAGUGUUCCUUUCGUUGCGGGGUGUGGUUCGGCGGAGAACAGGGAGCAACCGGACGCCACACUCCAAAAGAAGAAUGUAUUUAACUACCGGAACACUUGUCAACCGCGUCCUAAACCGAGAGACAUAGAGGGGCAACGGUUGACCCUUCCAAAAAAUCUCUCUCGCAUACAGAGCCGUUCGUUUCAAAAACCUAGCUCCGCCGUGAGCAAGGCACAUAGUGAAGGGCCGCACCGCGUAAUUGGACGCGUGCAGGAAACGGUCAAAAUUCGCUUACGUCACAACCAUAACGAUCCACGACAUCCCGACAAAACUGCAAGCAGAGUCAUCCUCCGCUUAUCGCGAUGUUCACCGAAGAGCGAAAAAUCGUGUACCGGAGCCUCCCAAGCCGGCGCGUUCCGAUGUCCCAUCGUACGCGCGAAAUUAAAAAACGGGCUGCUCCCGAAAAACGUGCAAGACGUAAACGGCCAUCGCCAAUGCAGGUAUUGCAAACCUGAACAUAUCGGCCGACUGCUGUACGAUACACUAGGGGCUGCUGGGGUUUCGCCCUUCCUAUGGACUUGUCUACGAGAGAAGUUGCCAUCGCACAAAAGGACCAACAUUGGACUGGCCUACGUCGAUGGCCGUUUGACACUUCGUCACCAGUACACGUGCCAUAUUAGCCGCCUUGCAGCAGUGCGAAAAAACAUGACGCGAUGCAAAUAAGGAGGCAAGAACCACGGCAAUAACCAGCAACAGACAGAAAUGCCAGAAGUACACACCUACAAGAACACGGGAAUUACACAUGCGUUGUUAGUACACUUAAUCGACGUCAUAAGUGAAGGGAUUGCUGUACCCUU